UAGUCGGAAUUGUCAAAAAGAGAAGAACCCUAUUUUAUAGUUUUUGAGUGCGUUGAGUUUGACUGGAUGGCUUACCCACCUUUACUCUCAAUCCAUAUAAUUGAGAACUAGUCUCUCUUCAACUAAUACUAAUCAAAAGCUUCGCGAAUCGUUUCUUUUUCUUCGUCUUCUUCUUCUUCUUCACAGGCUUGAACCGUUUGCUGAGGAAAAAUGGGAGUAAUUCGUAUCAACCAGACGUUUGCGACGCGGGUGAGUCCAUCUAGGUUGUUCAAGGCCUUGAUCCUUGACUCGCACAACCUCUGCCCCAAGCUCAUGUUUGCAUCCAUUAGGAACAUCGAAUUUCUGGAGGGAGAUGGAGAUGUUGGAAGCAUCAAACAGAUCAACUUUACUGAAGCUAGUCCCUACCGAUAUGUUAAGCACCGAAUCGACGAGCUGGACAAAGAGAAUUUCACCUGUAAGUACACUUUGAUCGAAGGCGAUGCAUUGGCAGAGAAGCUGGAAUCAAUUACUUACGAGGUUAAGUUCGAAGCUAAUGCCUGGGGAGGAUGCAUCUGUAAGAUGUCGAGCGAAUACAGAACAAUUGGGGAUGUCGAGGUCAAAGAAGAAGAAAUUGAAGACGGAAAGGACAGAGCCAUUGGGAUGUAUGAGGUUGUCGAAGCCUACCUCUUGGCUCAUCCUAAUGCCUAUAAAUAGUUAAUUAAUUAGUCUUGUCUACUCGAAUCCAUCUUUUUGUUUUGUUCAAUUCUCCCAUUACAGAUCUACAUGUGUUGUGUAUAUCGGUUAUCGAUCUGGCUGGAUAAUAUAUAAAUAUUUGUUUCUGCAUUUGUUAACUAUGUUGAAUUAAUCUGUGAUUUUUGGCGAAUAUA